CUUCUCCCGCUGGUAGGCUUGACAGGCAGAGGUCAGAAGAAGCAGAAGGGCUGAGCAAGCCGGAGGCAGCAAGACUGGAAUAAACCUUGCAGUCUCAGCCUCAGCCUCAGCCUCAUGCUUCGACUUGGACUCUUCUCCUCCGGUCUGUCGUCUCGGCUGCAUUGUUGUUAUCCUAAUAUUUAGCCGCAAAACCGGAAGGAGAAAAAAGAAGAGUGCCGAGUCAUGGAGCUUUAUUGCCUCGAGUCGGACUCGGUGGUGAAAGCCCAGCCUGACCCGAACAUCCUCAAUGAUCACAGAGUGUUGCAAAGUUUAUUAACAACCGAGGACAGGUUUUUACCUCAAUGCUCAUAUAUCCAGCGGUUCCAGAAGGAAAUUCAGCCUUAUAUGAGACGAAUGGUUGCAGGCUGGAUGCACGAGGUGUGUGAGGAGGAGAGGAGCAGUGAAGAUGUCUUCCCUUUAGCCAUUAAUUAUUUGGACAGAUUCCUAGCAGUGAUGCCCACAAGAAAAAGUUUCCUGCAGCUGCUGGCUGCUGUGUGCAUUUUCCUGGCCUCCAAGUUAAAGGACAGCAGGCCGCUAUCAGCAGAGAAGCUGUGCAUGUACACAGACAACUCCAUCACGCCUUCAGAACUGCUGGAUUGGGAGCUGGUGGUGCUGGGCAAGUUGAAGUGGAACAUGGCGGCGGUCAUUCCCAACGACUUCGUGGAGCACAUCAUACACCGGCUGCCCCUCCCCAAGGAGAAGGUGGCCAUGGUCCGCAAGCACACGCAGACCUUCAUCGCACUAUGCGCCACAGACGACGGGCUUGCCAUGAACCCUCCCUCCAUGAUCGCCAGCGGCAGCAUGGGGGCCGCCGUCUGUGGCCUGCAGCUGGACCACAGCGACCAGAGACUGGCUCGAGAUAACCUGACCGACCUGCUUGCCAAGAUCACCAACACAGAAGUGGACUGUUUGAGGGCGUGCCAGGAGCAGAUCGAGCGCGUGCUGGCCGCCAGCCUGCAGCAGGAGAACCGGGCCGGCGGGGGCACCAAGUCAAGGGAGCAGCAGGACCAGUCUAGCACCCCGACAGACGUGCGCGACGUCAAUUUAUGAACUCCAAUGACAAUCUAUGAACUCUUAGCGAUUAAUAAAUUUCUCCUUUUUGUUCUCCCGCCCUUCACCCACACCCUCACCUGUUUUGUACGUGCCACAUUUAAUCAAACAAGGUAUUUAAGAAUCUUGAAACUUGAUAGUGCCUUAGGUUUGCCAGUGCGGAAACCUGAAUAUAUUUUCAUACUUGAAGAAAAAUAGCUUACUGUUAUGAAAUAUAUAUAUUUCCUUUGACAACCAAAAAACUGAUAGUGUAUAUGAGCUAGUAUUUAGUUAUGUUACUCGUUUAGCAUUUAAAGCAUACAGUUAUUCAGUCAGUUUAAUCCAGGGGUUCCUCCUGAGCGUUGUAGGCCAGAGGAGCGCCCUGGCCGGUGGCGUCCUCCAUCUAGUCUAGCACCUGUAGCGCUGCUACGAGUCACGCGGAAGCGGAGCAGCAGGCUGGGCCUGCUCACACAGGAAGUCGUUACGUUGGCGAUCCGGGACGAGCUAGCAUGUCGGUUUGCGGAGAAAGGAUGAGUCGCAGGUUGUGUGACGGUGGCGAAGGGCACACGCAGGUUUUGUGAGGCGGGUUUGGUGUUGUGACAAGCGAGGAGAAAAGGCUAAAGGUGUGGAUGGAUGCUUGGCCAAAAGGCAGGAAUGUAAGCUAAAAGUCUCUGCAGGGGGAAGAAGAAUUCCAGGUUCUGAUGUCCUGGAAUGCUGUUUAGCUCUGCUGCAGUUCCUCCUAUCACCACUUAAUGGAAUAUUAGAGCGAGGCGGGAUAGGAACGAUAUUGAUGCACUUUGAAAACACUCCUUAAGAAUGGUAAGGGGAUGGUGGUCGAGGAGAAGUCCUUUGGUUUAUUAGGGUCUUUUAUUUUGUUGUUUUUGGUUUCGGUUAGUUUUUUCUUUUAAGUUAUUUGAUUUUCUUUGUUUUUUGGGGGGCUGGAUUCCCACGGGGUCAUGAAAGCUUCGACAACACAGAAUAUUUCUCUGGAACAUACACUAAGAAAAGACAAGUCAAUCAUAGACUUAAUUUUUUUUAAUGUUUAUUUAACCUUACUUGAAUUGUUCAUUUAUUCAUAGCCAAACUUUCUUAUAGUUCUGAAUAACCUGUGUUCCUAUUUUACUCUUGUCGGCUCGUUCUGUUUGUGCCAUUAUACAAUGAAUGAGGUCAACGUAAAAAAAAAAGAAAUGCCACAUUUUUUGGGUCAUUUGUGGGGGGUGGGUGGAACCCCAAUGGUUUUUUUUUAUGCUUUAAUCCUGAAAAAAAAAAGUGUAUGCUUUGAAAAAUGGGAAAGAGCUGAUUCCAAAGUGACACGUUUAUACACGUCAUUCUCUUGCUGCUACAAAGCUUUUCUUUUCUAGUCUUAAACAAAGAUGCCUAAUUGUGAUUCAGUCGUUUGCUGCUAUUAUACAUGAGUUUUUGUUGUAUACUUACGAGUCUUGGCUUUUUUGUUGUGUGUUUUAUGAGUGUACUGGAUGGAAGGUCACAGUUUGGUGCGGGACUGGAAGUACUCUUGGAUUAGCGUGUGUUGUAUUCUUUUAUCGUUUAUCCUUAUAAUCAGUUGUAUCUUUUGCUGCUUACCUGGUUAUUGUUUGUGUACCUCAGGUUAAAUUAGGGCGUUACCUCAUCACAUUCGUCACACUUUCUGAAUUUUGGGGGACGCUUCAUCUUUUCUUUACUUUUUUUUUUUAAUAAAAAAAUGUCUACCAAAUUCCCCCAAAAAAUAAAUAAACCAAAA